UAAUGACGCUGCUUGCGCAAGAUGUCCGGCGCGGCAUAACUUGAGCCCAAAAUGACGUCUACGGGAUGCGCAGGCUGAGUCGGAGACCUCUAAGGCGAUGCUCUCUCCCUGAACAUGAUCGCGGACUGCACCCAGUCUUGGACCCUGCACUGUACAUUGCUCUCACGCUGAUUGAGUCGGGACGUGCGAGGCUCCCCCGAGAAUGGACUUGAUGUCCGGUCACCCAGACCGACUCUCAUCGGAGGACGGUCGACCUUACUGGGCUCGCACUGCCUCGUAUCGUACGGCAUCGACCUGUUCCAGGCACCGACCUGUCACUUGCUGACAUCUUUUUGGCAUCUGUCUUUCUCAAGCGUUCGAACCGGGAUCCAGUCAGGCUGAUUGCACAAGCGCGUCCGUCCCAAGGUCCACCCGAUCCUUCGUUAGGGCCUGCGGGUGCACAGAGCACGGGAUUCUGAGCCCAAUCCUUACUUGGAGGACGCAGGUGUAUAUAAACCCUCAGAACCCAACAGUGCUAGAGCAGCAGCAAGUCAAGUCAGUCUUCUCUCAACCACCCAUCCGACCAAGCAAGUUAUUCGAGAUGUUCUCUUCUGCAUACGCUCUCGCCAUCGUCUCGUCGCUCGCCAUCGUCGCCCAGGCGUUCAACCCCGCCAUCCGGUCGCCGAACCCCAGCCUUCAGAAGCGUCUCACCGGCCAGACUGUCGCGUUCGCCUGCUUCGGCGGUGGAGGCGACUGCGAGUGCCCCACUGACCUGAACGGCGGCAGCGGCGUCCUGAUCAACGUCUACCCGGGUUACCAGUGCGCGUACCCGAACGGAGCCUGCACCUGGGACGACAAGACCGGCGCUCUCCAGAACAUCUUCCAAACUAACUGCCCAACCUCUGCGCCCUGCAGCACAGCCGGGGGCUGCUCGUGUCCGUUGGACCUCGACCAAAACACAGGUGUGCUCAUCAACCAGUUCACCGGCUACCAGUGCGCGUACCCGGAUGGUGCCUGCACUUGGGACUUUGAUGGCAACCUUCAGAACACCGCCCAGACGAACUGCCCCACUGACGCCAAGUGCGUCCAGUCCGGCAGCGACUCUUAAAGGCGUCCGCCCUUGUACUCCGCUGAAAUAUAACUUUUCUUCGUUUAUGGCGCCUUCCUUAGUCGAUAUCUAAUGCAUCAGUUCAUAACCACGCUGUAAUUUCUACGCUUCCAAAGCGCAAUGUUGCUUCUUUUUCCUUAGCUAGGUUCCAUGUAGUUGGUAUAGGUCUCUUCGGAUCGCUCGGUCUAGUUGUACGAAUGACAUAUAUGCCUUGUCUCAAUUGAUUUCGUUGAUAACACGGGCAUUAAUGCAUAAUUCGAACAAUCCAUGCGCAGCUGUCAGCUUGGCUUCUC